CCGUCAACUUACCUUAUGUACAGCUGAAAUGCCCCCAACAAUCUUGAGCCAAAGUCAGCUGCGACAAACCAUCAACGAUGCCUCGAGAGUCCAAGGACUGUCAAUGUCAAUCAAGAUGGACUAUGAACACCUCUGAUGACCCUGUUUCCAUCUCCACCAAAUCCUGAUUUCCAGCAGGGAUCUCGUACGAGGAUGUGGUGGGUUUCUCCCGAGAACAUGCAUCUUCCUGUCAUUGGAGGGACACCGCCUCAGAGAGACGCGCAGGGGGCGCCGCCUUCUGGGAGCUGACUGGGCCACCAUUUAACAAGUGCAUGAAUCCCAUCCCACCACCCUCCAAUUCGAUCCAGGCGGCCCUCAACAUCGCUCCUCCUCUGCACCGCAACAACGUCGACGACUUCAACCGACGUCACAAAGAGGACAAUUACCGCCUGCCAUGGUCGCCGAGAAAGCCCCAUCCGUUGCCUCGAGCAAUGGCACUCUCGGAGCCAAAUCCGUUCAGUCUCGCAAGCGCGUCGCAGAAGCCAUCGCCGAGCAGGAAUGGCCCAAGAAGCCCCGCAUCGACGCCAAAACCGAUCGCACGAAAUGGAGAAUGAAGGACGAGGACGGUCGACACACCUGGAAGUAUCUAGAGGGCGACGAUGCCGCAAAGGAAUGGCCCCAGACCUACGCCGACAAGUACUACUUGGGUCUUCCUCUUGACCUCCCAAUCCUUCCCGAGCCAGAAAACCCUCUUGAUGCGACACGCAAUGGCCUCGAAUUUGUCGAAAAGCUGCAACUUCCCUACGGCGACUGGGGUUGCGAAUACGGCGGCCCCAUGUUCCUCCUCCCAAGUGCCGUUAUCGCCUGGUAUGUCACCAAGACGCCCAUCUCGUCCGCUUUCGCAACCGAAAUCAAGAACUAUCUCUUCGCCCGCGCGCAUCCUGAGUUGGGUGGCUGGGGUCUCCAUACCGAGGGUAUCAGCACCGUCUUUGGCACCUCCAUGAACUACACAACCUUGCGCCUCAUUGGCGUCGAUGCAGAGGAGCCCAUCAUGGUCAAGGCCAGAGCAAGACUCCAUGAGCUCGGUGGCGCAACGAAAGGGCCGCACUGGGCCAAGUGGUGGCUCGCUGUUCUGGGAGUUGUGGAUUGGGAGAUUGUCAACCCUGUUCCUCCCGAGAUCUGGCUGCUGCCAGACUGGGUGCCUAUCGCCCCUUGGCGGUGGUGGGUUCACAUUCGCCAAGUCUUCCUACCAAUGUCCUACGUAUACUCCAAGCGCUGGACUUGUGAAGAGACUGAAGUCAUUCGUGACCUCAAGAAGGAGCUCUUCCCCGAGAACUGGGCAUCCAUUAACUGGAAGGCGAACCGCAACAGUAUUGCACAGGUCGACAACUACAACCCCAAGUCCUGGCUGCUCAACACGGUGAAUUGGUGCUUGGUCAACAUCUGGAACCCCUAUUUGCGAACAAACUGGAUCAAGGAGAGAGCUGAAGCUUGGACCAGCGACUUGGUGGACAUGGAGGAUGCAAACACGGACUACCUAGGUCUGGCGCCAGUCAACGGUCCGAUGAACCAUAUCGUCUGCUACAUUCGGGACGGCCCAGGAGCCUACACUGUUCGUCGACACGCCGACAGAAUCAUGGACUCGCUUUGGGUCAACGCCGAGGGCAUGCUGGGCAACGGCACCAACGGCGUCCAAUGCUGGGACACCGCCUUCAUGAUCCAGUCAGUGGUCGCUGCUGGUCUCGAGACUGAUGAUCGUUGGCGCCCCAUGCUGGAGAAGGCCCUCGGCUUCCUCGACAGACAGCAGAUUCGUGAAAACUGCAAAGAUUCGGACAAGUGCUACCGCCAGCAGCGCAAGGGUGGCUGGCCUUUUAGCAACAGGGAACAAGGCUACGCUGUCAGUGAUUGUAUUUCUGAGGCUCUCAAGGCCGUCAUCUUGCUGCAAAAGACCGAGGGCUACCCUCAGCUUCUCGAUAACCAGCGUAUCUUUGAUGCUAUCGACUCCAUUCUUCUUUACCAAAACGAGACCGGAGGCGUGGGCUCAUACGAACAGCGUCGCGGGGGCGAGUACAUGGAGUUGCUCAAUGCCGCCGAGGUCUUUGGCCGCAUCAUGAUCGAAUACGACUACCCCGAAUGCACUACUGCCUGCGUCACGGUCUUGUCGCUCUUCCAGAAGCACUGGCCCGAUUACCGCAAGGAUGACAUCCGCAUCUUUGUCAAGCGGGCCGUGAACUGGAUCCGUUCCCACCAGAAUAUUGACGGUUCUUGGUACGGAAGCUGGGGUAUCUGCUUCACCUAUGCGGGUAUGUUUGCGUUGGAGAGUCUGGCCUUCGCAGGAGACACCUACAGCACCAGCAAGGUCUCCAGGAGGGGUUGUGACUUCUUCAUCUCCAAGCAGAGAGAGGAUGGUGGAUGGUCCGAGAGCUACAAGGCUUCGGAGACAAUGGAGUACCACGAACACCCGAGAGGAUCCCUGGUAGUGCAAACUGCCUGGGCCCUAAUCGGCCUGAUGGAGGCCGAGUACCCUCACAUAGAGCCCCUUCGAAAGGGUAUUCAAUUCAUCAUGGACCGCCAGCAGGCGAACGGCGAAUGGCUCCAGGAGACGAUGGAAGGCGUUUUCAACAAGAGUUGCACGAUUGCGUAUCCUAACUACAAGUUUACGUUCCCAAUCAAGGCGCUUGGCAUGUUUGCCCGCAAAUAUCCAGAUGAGAAGAUCACCCCUGGCAUCAGCGACAAGGGGGACUUGUAGAGAUCUAGACCGGUGCCUUCACUUCUAGAACAUGGUCAUUUAUCAAUAGUAGAACAUAAUUAAUUUUAAUGGGACACGAUUUCUGCAUUGAGGCACUGAUGAAAGACUCUGGGACUUUGCGAGACUGCGAAGUAGGGUACCCGACAAUUACCACGACUCGAAUCAGGGUUGGGUGACAGUACUAUAGCGGCGCAUUCGACGACGUCGGGACGGACAGGCGUAAUGAGCUUCGAAUGAGGCAGGAGGCAGG